GCCGCCCCGAGUGCGGCCUUAAUACAUUGCUAUUUCUGGCCGGGCGGCCGGAGCCGGGCAGGGGGCCGGCUCAGCCUCCCCCUCCCUCCAAUGGCGAGGCCGCCCCCGGCCCCCGGCCCCUCCUCGCCGUGACGUGCCGGCCCGGGGCAGAGGAGGCUCUUGAGCCCUUGGCUGUCCCUGCAGAAGCUGUAACAAAACGCAGACCCCCAGCGCCGGGCUAAUGGAGGCAACUUAGACAGGAGCAGGCGCGGCGCCUCGUCUCUCCGCGCUGCCUGCUCCCCCCGCCCCGGGCGCGGCGCUCCCCGCCGAGCCGCAGCCCGAGCGCCGCCGGGCCCGCGGCACUGCCUGGCCGCUUGCGCUGCCCCGAUGAUGUUACCGAGCCCCGUCACCUCCACCCCCUUCUCUGUCAAAGACAUCCUCAACCUGGAGCAGCAGCAGGAUCCGCACUAUGCGGCCCAGCUCCCGCACCACCUGGACCACCACUUCCACCCCGCCGCCUGCCUGCUGGCGGCCGCCGACGGCGCCCGCUUCUCCGACGGCGAGGAGGAAGAGGAGGAGGAGAAGCUCUCCUACCUGAGCCCCAUGGCAGCGCCGGGCGGCCAGGCGGACGCGCGGAUCUCCGCCGACAACUACGUGCACGCCGUGCUGCGCGGCUCCUGCGAGGCCCCCGGCCCGGGAGAGGAGCUGGACCCCGCGGCCCGCGACCCAAAGAGCUGCGUCCUGAAGAAGCCGCUGGAGGCGGCGGAGAAGCCGGAGGAGGCGGAGAGGCCGAAGCAGCGGAGCCGGAGGAAGCCGCGCGUCCUCUUCUCCCAGGCGCAGGUCUUCGAGCUGGAGCGGCGGUUCAAGCAGCAGCGUUACCUGUCGGCGCCGGAGCGGGAGCACCUGGCCAGCAGCCUCAAGCUCACCUCCACGCAGGUGAAGAUCUGGUUCCAGAACCGGCGCUACAAGUGCAAGCGGCAGCGGCAGGACAAGUCGCUGGAGCUGGGCGGCCCCGCGGCCCCGCCGCCGCCGCGCAGGGUGGCCGUGCCCGUGCUCGUCCGCGACGGCAAGCCGUGCCUCGGCGGCUCGCAGGGCUACAGCUCCGCCUAUAACGGGCCCUACUCCUACAACGGCUUCCCCGCGUACGGCUACGGCAACGCCGCCUCCUACAACCCCGGCUACGGCUGCACCUACCCGACAGGCACCGGCGGCGCCUCCAUGCAGGCCGCCUGCAGCCCGGCCGCGGCCGCCGGCCCCUUCGUGAACGUGGGCGGCCUGGGGGGCUUCGGCGGCGGCGGGCAGCCCCUCCACCAGGCGGCGGCGGGGCCCUCUUGCAGCCAGGGCGCACUGCAGGGCAUCCGGGCCUGGUAGCCCGCAAGCACUGAGGGCCGGGAGCGGACAGGCGGGACGACCCGGCGGCUCCGGGCCCCAUGGGCCGCCGAGCCCCAUUACAACGCGCACAACGGCCCGGCUGCGCGCCGCGUAACCCGCGCCCUGGACUGCAGGCGCGGCGGCAGCGGCUCGCCGGGAGCUCGGCUCCUCCCGGGGCUCGCGGCGGGCGGAGCGGUGCGGCGCGGCACGGCGCGGAGCGGAGCGGAGCGGCGCGGCAGCACGGGGCAGCCCGAGCUCGGAGCGAAGCGCCGCCGCCGCACGGAGCCCCCCGUGGUGCCGGACCGGGCGCGGCCGGAGCUGAUCGCGCCACGCCACCGGCGCAGCUUUGCUUGUUAAAAAAAAAAAAAAAAAAAAAAAAAAAAAAAAAAAGCCGACGGCAGGGCCGGGGGUCCCGCGGCUCCUCUAUCUACUCUGUAUCGGUUACUGCCAGCGCCAGCUCGCGGAGUCAGUCAAUAAACCAGGUGCAAUAUCCGC